GCCAACUUUUCCCCCGACCGGGUUAUUCUCGAUCUCGAACGAACUUCUUCAUGUAAUCGUACCAUUAGAUCCUCUUAAUUUUGAUGAUACUCUGUUAUCUGUGAAUGUAAUAAGUUCAAAAUUUCGCAUUUCAGUUUGUUCUUUCAUUAAAUUUCGAAAACAGCGAUUAUUAUCGCUUAUACAGAUUGCGAAAGAAGCCGGUGGUAAUAUCUAUAUCAGUUUAUCAGCUCUAAAAAGCAGUUUUUAUUGCUACGUUUGAAUGAUCGAUAUGGAUCAAGAAAGUAAACAGCUUCUUUGUCACAUAUGUGGCAAAAGGUUAUCCAGUGUGUCUACAUUCAACCGCCAUAUAAAACAGGUGCACCUGCAAGAGCCACUUACAGGAAAGGACACGAAGAAUAUUAAAUGUCCACUUUGUGAGGAUAAACUUAAAUUAUCAUUUGGAAGCCAUGACCAGUUAGUGGAUCAUAUAGAAAAAAUUCAUUUUUUGACUAUUAUACGAUCAACUCUUUAUUUUGGAAACAAAGAGGAAUUUGAAGCUUGGAGAGCAGUUGACAAUAGAAAUAUAGAUUAUGCCUUUCAAAGAGGUCAAAAGAUCAAAGAUGAUGAGUACAUAUACUAUAAUUGCAAUAGGAGUAAUACAAGAGGAUAUGACAGUAAAAGUAACCAAAGAUGUUCAAAAGCAGGAGGAAGCAUUAAAAUAUCAGGAUUAUGUCCAUCUAGAAUUUGUGCUAAAAUAACUAAUUCUGGAGUAACAGUGAACUAUAUUGAAACACAUGCUGGCCAUGAUGAUGAACUCCGAGCCAAACAUUUAUCGAAGGAUCAACAGGAAAUGCUCGCUGAAAAAUUAUGUGCUGGUGUUACAAAAGAGAGAAUACUUGAGGAUGCGAGAAUAUUAGAGGAAGGGAAGCUCACCAGAAUGAAUAUUUUAACAAGAGGAGAUCUCUCAUAUAUCAUUCGAAAAUUCAAUAUAAACAAACAACGACAUGCAGAUGAUAUGACAGCAACAGCCUUAAAAGUGGAAGAAUUGAACUGUCAAGAUGAAAACACUGUUUUCUUAUUCAAGCAGAUAGGAGAAAGUCACCCUCAGCUGCAAAUUGAAGAUUUUGCUAUAGCUUUCAUGAACAGGACUAUGGAAAGAAAGCUGAGGGAAUUCCCAAAAAUUAUUUGUAUUGAUGGCACUCAUGGAACCAACAUGAGGAAUUUUGAAUUGACUAUUGUUUUAGUCAAAGAUGAGAACAAUGUUGGGUUCCCUGUAUCCUUUUUGAUUUCCAAUCGUUUGGAUCAGACGAUCCAAAACAUUUUUUUAGGUCAUUAA